CGCGGGUCGUGGUUCGCGAUUCGGUCGGACGAGCUAAACGCGGCGGCGGGCGGGUACACCGGCUCGCCGUGGCCGCCGCUGGAGCUAGACCCCGUGGGAUGGGGCCGAAAACUGUACCCGUCGGGAGCGCCGAGGUCUUCAGGUGGGCUGAUGUUCGGCCUGCACCACCAGGAGGCGGCGGGAGGUCUCCACGCGCAGCCCCGAGGGCCCGUCACCUCCCUCAAGGAGGAACCGCUCACUCGCGCGUGGAUGACGCCAAGUUCCUUAGUUGACAAUACCAACACAGUGGGCGUCGGCCGAGCCCACUUCGAGAAGCAGCCGCCUAGCAACCUACGCAAGAGCAACUUCUUUCACUUCGUGGUCGCACUGUAUGACCGCGCGGGACAGCCUGUGGAGAUCGAGAGGACUGCCUUCAUCGGAUUCAUUGAGAAAGACCAGGAAGCCGAAGGCCAGAAAACGAAUAACGGUAUCCAGUACAGACUUCAGUUACUUUACGCUAACGGUAUUCGACAAGAACAAGAUAUUUUCGUCCGUCUCAUCGAUUCAGUCACAAAGCAGCCAAUUGUCUACGAAGGUCAAGACAAAAACCCCGAGAUGUGCCGAGUUUUGCUCACACACGAAGUCAUGUGCAGUCGGUGUUGUGAUAAGAAGAGUUGUGGUAACAGAAACGAAACCCCAUCAGAUCCUGUCAUAAUUGAUCGAUUUUUCCUGAAAUUCUUCCUAAAAUGCAACCAGAAUUGUUUGAAAAAUGCCGGCAAUCCACGAGACAUGAGAAGAUUUCAAGUAGUGAUAUCAACACAAGUGAUGGUCGACGGCCCCCUCCUAGCGAUAUCCGACAACAUGUUUGUGCACAACAACAGCAAGCACGGCCGAAGGGCCAAGCGGCUGGACCCGACUGAAGGUAUUGACGCCGCGCCAGAUAUGACUUUAUACUUCACAGCGGGUUUGUACCCACCCCUGCCCGUGGCGACUCCAUGCAUCAAGGCGAUAUCCCCCAGCGAGGGCUGGACCUCUGGCGGGUCCACCGUCAUCAUAGUGGGAGAUAACUUCUUCGAUGGACUGCAAGUCGUCUUCGGGACGAUGCUGGUUUGGAGUGAGCUGAUAACAUCCCAUGCGAUAAGAGUCCAGACCCCUCCGCGGCAUAUACCGGGGGUGGUGGAAGUGACGCUGUCCUAUAAAAGCAAGCAGUUCUGCAAAGGAGCACCAGGGAGAUUUGUUUAUGUUUCGCUCAACGAGCCCACGAUAGAUUACGGCUUCCAGAGGCUACAGAAGCUGAUACCGAGGCAUCCUGGGGAUCCGGAGAAGUUGCCAAAGGAAAUAAUCCUAAAGCGAGCAGCCGACCUAGCAGAAGCGUUAUACUCGAUGCCAAGGAACAAUCAGUUGGGACUCAGCGCGCCCAGGUCACCUCCCGCGAGUAUGCCCUUCAACUCCUACACUGGACAGCUGGCCGUCAGCGUCCAGGACACAGCUGGCUCGCAGUGGACUGAAGAGGAGUACGCGCGUAGCGGCGGCUCCGUCUCGCCGCGAUACUGCUCCGCCGCGUCCACGCCGCACGCCGCGCCCGCGUCCUACCCGCAUCCACAGCACUACCCUGCGCCGCCGACGUCGCUGUUCAAUACCAGCUCGCUGUCCCUUGGCCCGUAUCACCCGGCCAACAUGAAUGGACAUUUAUCGUCUGACCAUCACUAUAACGCGUAUAACACGAAAGAUAGCGGACAUUACAGUGAAAGAAAUGGGAAUUCUAAGGCGGCUGACUGUCCGGCAAACACUACAAAAUGCAACGACGGCGAUAUGAAAGGGCCUCAGAGUAAAGAGAGCAAACUGAGGAGCGCCUUUGCGGUAGUCAGGCACAGCCCUCCGCACCACCAACAAAAUUGGCAGCAUCUUGCAGUGCAGUGAAUGGGUGGGCUAGUAUCAUCACCGUUCUCAGUAAACCCAUUCUCGUUGCCAACGUGCAGCGCUCAGCAGUACGCGCAAACUGCGC